GAUCAGGAGUUGUUUCGUAUACCGAUGAAGUUCAUACUAUUGUUGAUUUGUUUGGUGGCCGUCACCGUCAACCAUCAGGCAGAAAGUGGCUGGAUCAGAUGGCGUAGAGUCUGGGAAAGAAUAAGAAGAAUUCCGCACAGGCUCGGAAGAGAUGCCUCUGAGUUUGACAAAAAUCUGGACGGUCUUAUCGACGAGUCUGAACUAGAAGACUUAUUCACCACGAGAGAAGCUCGAGACAUCUUGGAGAUGGCAGACAAAGACGGAAACGACAAAAUCGUUUUGGACGAGUUCCAACAGAUACUGAAUGAGAUAAACAAACUGGAAUAGUUGGAAAACAAGACCAGGUUUUUCCAACGGAAUGUUAAGAAGAAACAUUUAGUGAUAUACCAUCUGUCUAGACAGAAAUAAAAUUUGC